CUAUGUCGUCUAAUCUUCUGAAAGUUGAACAAGUGAAGGCAUGGAGUCGAGAGAGAGUUAAAAUGUUUUUGCAAGAGAACAGAGCUAGAUUAGACCUUGAAGAUGAGGAUAUCGAUAAAAUAUAUACUUAG